AUGCUCUCUGGUUCAUCGGAUCAAAGUUUUGAUGAGAAAAACGCGAGUUUUUCAACCUCUCAGACUGAAAGACAGGCACCGGAACCACCCCAAAUCGAGUUGACCACCGAUUCAAACAAUAUUUCGCAUAUAUCACGUGGUGAGCGGUCGUCCUUGUAUGAUGUGGACGACUCGAACUCGUUCUCACGGUCCAGGAUCCUGCCCAAGCUCGUGGUCCAUACUGAUCUCAAUUUUGACUCCGAAGUCAUGAAUAUAUUGCAUGAGCCGUCUCCCCGUCCGCUGUCCCCACAAAGUCAUUCGACAUCGUUCUCACCCACGCGUCUGAACCAUCCUAAGGUGCUCAACUCCGGCCAGAUCCCCAUUCUUCUGGACGAGGAUAUCGACUCGGACAUCUCCAAAGGUCUGAAUCUGGCUUUGGGAGAAACAGGUGACAACUGGAUGCCCUUGAACGAAUCGACGCAGUCUCUGGUGACGGAAGCUACUCCAAGAAUGCGCACGGGUAACUCAAACGAUCUCGAGUCCGGAAACUCGGCCAUAGAACUCUCCGACAUGGCAAGAAAGUCGUCUGAGCUGGAAAACCCAAAUAACACCUCUUUUUUGAACGUCACGUCAGUUAGAUCGAAGUCAUCCAAGAACCCAAAGACACCAACCACGCAAAUAUCAUCGGUCUUCCGCAAAUUCUCCCAGAGAUUGAACGCACGGGGAGACGAAAACGACGAUGACAUCGAUACCAGCGACGAUAUCGAUUUGAGCGAACGUUUAGACGAUAUCAGCUACGAGCAGGAUGAGUAUUCAGACUAUGAAGAAGAUGCGUUUUCGACGCACCCUAAAAACCCGCUCAUGAACCAACAAUCCCUCCAGACAACCAUGAGACUGUCGACCCACGGUGCCGAUAGCUUCUCCGGCGACUCCGACGACAUUUUACCGCCAGAGCCUCCACGAUUGUUUGGCAAGUCGCUCAAGAUAUUUGGUCCCGACUCCAAGUUCAGAAUGCGCUGUUACAAGAUCGUGACAAACGCAAGAUACGACCAGCUAUUGGCAACUCUAUUGAUCGUACAGCUAUCAUUGCUGACCUAUCAACAAUGGGACGUGGUUCGCGGUUACGUUCACAAUAAAUCGUGGACAUGGGUAGACUUGAUUUUGGUUGUGCCAUACGCAGUAUACACUAUCGACGUGUUUAUGAAAUCUGUCGCUUUUGGAUUCUUUGAUGACUCGCAAAUGUUCAGAGAAUUGAAAAUAGAGCGCAAGCGCAGUUUACUCCACAGGUAUCUCAAAACUGCCUCAGAAAAACUCGGAUUCACGCAUCCAUAUGUGUACGACGAGGAGCAGUCGCCAAAAGAUUUCCGAACGGUCACUGUGCACGAUACCAUGCCUGACAAGAUGAAGCCGACUCGCGCGUUUUUGAGGUCGGACUGGCAGAAAAUCGACUUUGUGUCGGUUGUUUCGUUCUGGGUUUCUGUUUUCCUGAUUAUCAACCGCGCAGACAUUACUCACGGAUGUAUGAUUUUCCGAUCUUUAAUGUGUCUUAGAAUUUUGAGAUUGUUGAACCUCACCCACGGAACACGACUGAUUCUGAAGUCUCUUCGCAAGGCUGGGCACCAGGCCGCAGGACCGUCUUUGGUUCUGUUCGUUUUUUGGGUCUUGAUGGCCAUGAUCGGCGUGCAAUCGUUCAAGUCGUCUCUUAGAAGACACUGUGUUUGGACUAACCCAGACGACCCAACAGACAUUUUUGAAAACUCCAUGCAAUUUUGCGGCUCAUAUCUGGACUCUUCGACCAACAAGUCCAAGCCCUAUAUCGACAAUUUGGGUAGUGCAGCCAGGUACGCCAAAGGAUACACAUGUCCCAAGUAUUCAAAGUGCAUUGCAGGAGAUAAUCCUUACGGGAAUACCAUCGGUUUUGAUAAUAUAUUCAUUGCAAUGCAAAUGGUGUUUGUGAUUAUCAGUGCCAAUACUUUCACAGAUAUCAUGUACUACACCAUGGACAGUGAUGAGAUGGCCUCUGCACUCUUCUUCAUCUUUUCCAUUUUCAUCCUCACGGUGUGGCUGCUCAGUUUGAUCGUUGCUGUGGUCAUUAACUGUUACAGAGUUCAUAUUGAUGAUAUGAAGACUUCAAGCAAAUACACAAAGACUCAAAUUUUGUUCUGGGAGUUCGAUUUCAGAGGAAUGAGUGAAGAAUACAAUAGCUAUCUUAUGGAAAGCAAACAUCUGCGGAACUUUUGUUCCUUGAGAGACUUCUUUACGAUAUUAGUCAUAGUGGAUCUUGGAUAUAAAGCAUCUGUUAACCCCAACUUCACUGACGAUAAUUGGCACCAUUUGAAACUCAUUGAAUUUGGCACCACGCUCACGUUGUUUUUGGAAACAGUGAUCAAGAUGGUUUUAUUCGGAAGAAACAUCAAAUUGUACUUUUACUCCAUCAGCAAUAUUUUCGACCUAUUCCUGGCGAUUGCGACGAUGAUCAUUACCAACAUCUCACUAGAACGGCUAGGAGACGCGUACGGAUGGCUCGAAGUCAUAUUUGUUCUCAGAUUCUACAGAGUGGUGAUUAUGCUUGGUUUCAUGACCAACGCCUGGAAGGCUGUUUUCUCGAACAUUAGACCAUUUAUUGAUCUUGGUGUGUUUUUCCUGCUUGUGAAUUACCUGGUUGGAGUGAUCUAUUCGAGAUUCUUUGAAGGAAUCAUUCCUAUUGACGAAUAUCUUGACAGUGAUCAGCUGAUCAUGUACAAUCUUCCAAACGUUGUAUUAUCGUUGUACACGAUCACCACCACGGAAAACUGGACGUCGAUUCUGUACCUUGCUCAACAGUGCAGCUCCAAUACGUUCACCAAGAUGUGUGUUGCUAUCUACCUAAUUGCCUGGUUUAUUUUCUCCAACAUGGUGCUCCUCAACAUUUUCAUAGCCAUUAUCACGCAGAACUUGGGUGUUACUGAUUCUAACAAGAAGAAGAUGCAAAUCAAACAGUUCUACUCCAAAUUGGUUACAGAGCUGAAUUCGCACAAACACGUUGGUUUGUUCGACGAUCUGAAAAACCAAUGGUUCAAGAGCAACAGCAGCAACAAGCGGGUCCUUACCACGUCGCAGAUGAUUGGGCAUAUGCACCACCUCUUAGAAAAGAGUAACAUCAGCCCCGAAGAGUUUAUCGAUGAAGAAGAAGAGAAACAGCACUCAUUCAGACUGGCACCGCGCGUUUGGAAGCUUCUACACAAGUACAAGCCAUUCGUCAAUCUGAAAAAGAGACUCGACCAAUCUUCGUUCUUCAUUUGGACAACAGAUUGGCUUGUCUCGGCCACAAAGUCUGGAGUCGACUUUUCUUUGGGUUUUGACCCAACCUCGGUACAGAUAGAAAGCGCCAAAAAGAAACAAAACAUCACCCGUGAGAUUUUCAGACUAUUCGACGAAAACAAUCUCGAUCCAGAUAAAGAGUACAAACAACGAGCUUAUCUGGAUGCUAACCCAACAUUCAACAGAACGUUGAAAAGGUUCUAUCCGGAUCACUGGCUGAGACGGUUCUGUCAAAGAAUUGUGUCUCCAGCAUACGGUAAGAGAUUUGACGGAGCAGACCCAAUUCCUAAAUUGAGAGACGCUUUCUACGUCAUGAUGUUCCUUGCCAGUGUGGUGGUGGUCAUAUUCGCCUGUUAUGUUACCCCCUUAUACAGGAAGGAGAACUUCUUGUACGAGAAGCCCUGGAACUGGGUUGUUAUAUCCGACCUUGUGUUCACCUGUCUCUUUAGCGUGGAGUUUAUUAUUAAGGUGAUUGCCGAUGGAUUGAUUCGUACUCCUAAUGCGUACUUGAGAUCACCAUGGGAUUUCAUUGACUCAAUUGUUCUGAUUUCGUUCUGGAUCACCUCUUUUGGUGAAAUUUACAGAGACUUCAACCUGGUUGUCAUUGUUGGUGAGUUUAGAGCUCUGAGAGCUUUGCGGUUGCUCACGGUGACCAGAAAGUCGAAGGAAUAUUUCAACUAUGCUGUCAUUUCUGGCGCGCGCAAGAUGCUUGCUGCCGUUUUGAUCUCCAUGAGUGUUCUGCUACCAUUUUCGAUCUGGGGACUGCACCUUUUUGUUGGCAAACUGGCUGUUUGUACCGAUGGCGAGUCUACCAAGGCCGAAUGUACCAUGGAGUACACCAACACGGUGUUCAAAUGGGACAUUGUGUCACCCAAAUCGUACUCGAACCCGACCCUCAACUUUGACGGAAUAUCCAGUUCCUUGUCGACUCUUUUCCAAAUCAUCUCUCUUGAAGGAUGGGUGGAUCUGCUGUUGAACCUGAUGAACAUCGUUGCAACGGGCCAACCUGCCUCGACCUUUGCCAGUCCUGGAAACGGAAUUUUUGUGAUUAUUUUCAUCUUCUGUUCCAUUGUGAUUAUUUUGAACCUGUUCGUCUCUGUUAUUAUCAACAAUUAUUCUGUGCAGACAGGAACGGCGUUCUUGAACGACAAACAGCGCGCAUGGUACGAGGUCAAGCGUAUUCUCACACAGGUGCGUCCAAGUAAGAGAAAAGACCCGCAACACAUGAAUGCGUUCCGCAAGAAGUACUACAACCUAGUUGUCCAGAAAAACAGAAUUUACACCAACAUCGUCAGCGGAUUCUACAUGAUCCAUAUUAUUGGUCUGUUGAUCGAGUUCUACCCAGCAUCUAGAACUGAAGACAACUUCCGGUACGGUCUCACGCUCUUGUCGUCGUCGUGUCUGACGUGCGACGCCUGGCUGACACUCUAUGCCAUGGGUCCAAGACUCUUCAUCAAGAAUGGAUGGAACAUCUCGAAGUUGAUUGUUUUCACCGGAGCUUUUGUGUUGUCCGCGGUUGCGUUCGACGUGCCAAGAACCUCUGUUUACGGUAACAUCAACAAGAUCUUCCUUGUGAUGGUGGCACUGUUCCUGAUUCCACGGUUCGACACAUUCAACCAGCUGCUCAAGUACGCUUCUGCCAGUCUUCCGUCGCUGAUCGCACUGAUCUACACGUGGUUAGUGCUGUUUCUGGUGUAUGCCAUUGCGUUAAACCAGGUGUUUGGACUUACCAAGCUCGGCGAGAACACUACAGGCAACAUAAACUGUCGCACUGUCACCAAGUCUCUAAUUCUGCUGUUCCGUAUCAGUUUCGGCGAAGGAUGGAACUACAUCAUGGACGAUUUCCGAUUGAGCUCCCCAUCUUGCUCCACGUCGUUGAGUCGGUACAGCUCCGACUGUGGUCAGAGUCCGUCUGCGUACACCCUGUUCAUCUCAUGGAACAUCCUAUCGAUGUACAUUUUCCUCAACAUUCUGGUUUCUGUUGUCAUCAACAGCUUCAGUUACGUUUACAACUCUGCAGGUCCGCAUUCGCUGCUCACCAGAGACGAAAUCCGCAAGUUCAAGAAGUCUUGGAGUCAGUUCGACCCUGACGGAACAGGGUUCCUGGACCCAUUGCAAUUGCAACCUUUCUUGAGUACCCUGGACGGCGUGUUAUCGUACAAGAUCUACGGCGACAAGUUCUCCAUUGCUAACAUCAAGUCGCAGUGGAUAACCCAUCACAGCAGUGAUCCGUACGACGUGCACCUUGACUUUGAUAAGCUGGACGAGAUCCUUGCGACGAUCGACUUCAACAAGGUGAAAGAGCGUCGGCGUCGGUAUAACAGACUCAUCAUCGAAGCGUUCUUGAACAUGGUGCAGACGAGCGACGGGCCACGGAUCGAAUUCAACAAACUGUUGCUCCAAAUUGGCUAUUACUCGCGGUUCCAGGACAGCACGUGUCUGACUCUCGAAGACUUUGUCAAGAGAUACGUGCUUAUCCAAAAAAUUAACAAGGUGGCCAGGAAACUCAAGAUCGAGGCCACCAUCCAGAUGGUGCUGUAUCGACUGCGGCGCAUGAUCGGAAACCUUAACAACAGCGACGAACCCGUCACACGCAAACUGUACCGUCGAAUCGGAACAGAAAUCUACGACCAGGAAGAGUUCUACGAAACUCAUAACGAUGACUACAAUCCAUUCAAUAAUAAUGAGCUAUACCGAAGCGUCUCUGAGACCAGUCUGAACCCAUUCAACGAUCCGUUCAGCGACCCGCUCCAGGAAGAGGAAAUAGUGCCGCCUCCAAGAAGGAAGACCGACUCGCGCUAG